UUUUGCAAGGCUACAGGAUCUACAUCGGUCAAUACAUUCCAAACUUAUCAUCCCAUUGACACAACCAUCGCAGUUGAAUUCGCCACAGGAAAAGGUUCUGGUCCUGAAGGCGAGUCUGAGUACCGUUUGUACUUUGGCAAUGAAUGGCGCAAAGCAAAGUGGAAUCACAUUGUUGUCCGGAACAUAAUAACAUUAAUUAGCUCGCAGAAAGAACAAGCUCACAUUUAUGGAGAUUUGUCCUCCGAAGUCAUAGAAGCUUACGUUUGGGACUUGGUAGCACAGGCCCGCGUUUCCUGGAGGGCCCGCCUACCUCGUCCUCAUGUAGCUGAAUCACGUUGGGAAACGCCGGCAGAGGCCCGCACUCGUGCUGAGGAGUAUGAAAGCAGACGCGAGAUGGAGUUACGGGUGAAUUCUCGUAAACGUAGUAAAUACGUUGAACGCAAAGAUGGCGUAAUCAAAGCUUCUGCAUCAGCAUUUGAUACUAGGAAGUGGACCAUGGUACAGAAUGUCCUGCUCAAAUGCGGUAUAGAGGUGCAGUCCUCUGAUAACACCGACGCAGACGAUGAAGUCAAUUCACCCGCGGCACUCCGCACCGCUGUUCCGCAUUAUCGACGACGCAUCCUCGGCGUUGUUUUCGAAGACUUAGACACCAAGAUCAAAGAACUGAACUGA